AUGGCCGCGAAAUCAACCAAGGAGCCAAAGUCGGCUCGCGCACAGAGAUCGGAGAGUGAAUCAAGUUCUUCUGCAGAGUCAAGUCGCAAGGCCGAGGAAUCGUCGAGUUCCAGCUCGGAGGAAGAGGAGUCAAGCAACUCCGCGAGUGAAAGCGAGAGCGCAAGCGUCGCAUCAGAGAAAGAGCCAGAGGCCUCUAAUGGACGGUCUGAGUUCAACUCUACAAGCCGCCUUCCGGCUUCAAGUCCGCCAAAAACCAGUCAUCGACCUCCUCUACACCCUCGAUAUUAUCUAACCUACAAGGCAAGCAAAUAUUCCACAUAA